AUGGAUCUAACUCCGCCUAUCAGUCCAUUGGACUUGACAUACCCAGUAGAGGAGCUUUUCGUAUGCCACUUUUGCGCCGGCAUGCAGUUCGAGUUUUGCCAGUGCAUUCUGGCCCUGCCGCAGAUGCCGUACAAUUACGUAGCAGCGCCCCAACACCACGCUCCCAUGAACAUGCCGCCGCCGCCGGCGGGUACACACCAGACGGAAGUGAACUUGGCACCAGUUUGGGACUACGUCACUGGCGACCGUAGGCCAGUUCUGAACGAGUACAUCCAGCGCAUUGAUGCGAACGAGACAACUGUGCAGCCCAUUACUGUGCAGGCGUACAUUCACGAUAUAUACACUCCCGGCGACCGCUCGUCGUCGUCGCGCCAGACUAAGUCUGCGAAGCGCUCAAGCAGGCGGCAACCUCCUCGUGAAGGUGGUUUUGUCUGCAACGAGUCGGGAUGCACUGAAGUAUUCAAUCGUCAGUGCGACCUCAACCGUCACCAGAAGACAUCCCAUCGCAAUGAGCGGCCUCACGUGUGCCCGACUUGCGGCAAGGGAUUUAUGUACCCGAAGGACCUUCGUAGACACAAAACUCAACACAGAGACCCUUUGUCCGCCAUGGACACCUUUCGCUGCGAACAUCCCGACUGUACCAACCUCGAUGGCUUCUCGCGCAAGGACAACCUCCAGAGACACAAGCGAAGGCAGCACCAGCAGCAAUAG